AUGUCUCUAUCUAACAAGCUUGCCAUCACUGACAUCGACCUCAAGGACAAGCGGGUCUUGAUCCGUGUCGACUUCAAUGUCCCGCUUGACGCCGACAGGAAGGUCACCAACAACCAGAGAAUAGUUGGCGCUCUACCGACAAUCAAAUACGCCAUCGACCAUGGAGCCAAAGCCGUGAUCCUCAUGUCCCACCUCGGCCGCCCAGACGGAAAAAAGAACCCCAAAUAUAGCUUGAAGCCUGUCGUCCCUGAGCUUGAGAAGCUUUUAGGCAAGAGUGUCAUAUUUACUGACGACUGCGUUGGUCCUGAGGUGGAAGAGGUCGUGAACAAAGCCACCGGCGGGCAGGUCAUCUUGCUCGAGAACCUGCGUGUCCACAUCGAGGAAGAAGGGAGCUCUAAAGACAAGGAUGGUAACAAAAUAAAGGCUGAUAAAACCGAUGUUGCCAACUUCCGGAAGGGUCUGACGGCGUUGGGUGACGUGUACAUCAAUGACGCUUUCGGAACCGCCCACCGAGCUCACAGCUCUAUGGUCGGAGUCGAGCUACCUGAAAAGGCAUCCGGCUUCUUGAUGAAGAAAGAACUCGACUAUUUUGCUCAAGCUCUCGAGAACCCCAAGCGACCAUUCCUCGCCAUUCUCGGUGGUGCAAAGGUUUCGGACAAGAUCCAGCUGAUCGACAACUUGCUUGGCAAGGUCAACAUCCUGAUCAUUUGCGGCGGUAUGGCUUUUACGUUCAAAAAGACCCUGGAGGGUGUCAAGAUCGGUAACAGUCUGUUCGAUCAAGCUGGAAGCGAAAAAUGCGCCGAGCUAGUGGAAAAGGCCAAGAAGAACAACGUGAAGAUUGUCCUGCCAUGCGACUAUAUCACUGCAGACAAAUUCGACAAGGAUGCAAACACGGGAACCGCGACCGAUGCUGACGGCAUCCCCGAUGGAUGGAUGGGUCUCGACUGCGGCGAAAAGAGCAUCAAAUUGUAUAAGCAAGCCAUCGAUGAAGCGCAGACAAUUUUGUGGAACGGUCCUCCUGGAGUUUUCGAAUUCGACAAGUUCGCCAAUGGCACCAAACAGACCUUGGAUGCAUGCGUUGCGGCAGCCCAGGCUGGGAAGAUUGUCAUCAUUGGUGGAGGUGAUACAGCAACUGUCGCGGCGAAGUAUGGAGUGGAGGACAAAUUGAGCCACGUAUCAACCGGCGGCGGCGCAAGCUUGGAACUGCUGGAGGGCAAAGCUCUGCCAGGUGUGGUUGCCCUGUCUAGUAAGUAG